GUUUAAUUGUUUUAUAAUAUAUUUGACAAAGAGUAAUGUCUUGUGAGAACCCAUAGCGCUUCAUCAAUAACAGAUGUUUUAGAGCUGGAUUUUGAUUACAUAGCUGAUAGCACCACACAGUUAUUUAAGAAGUCUGCAGCUCAAACACCAGCGAGUCAGGAUGACGACGGGGAAGGUUCUCGAACUGGAACGAGUGAUCGGGAAACACGCCUGGAAGCUGCUCGAGAAACGCAGCGGCUUCUUCCGGAAACUGUUCCUGAACGAGGCAGAUUACUACGCGGUGGUGGACUGGAAGUCGCUCGACCUCGAGCACAACAUCAUGAAAUUCUCGCAGCGACCGCUCGGCAAGACAUUCGACACCGCCUGGGGCCAGGUGACUACCGGCUCCAAGUGGGUGCCGCUCUACUCGUGUGACUACGAGAACGACACAGAGACCAAACAGGUGCACACAUUCCGCGGUCAAAGGGAAACAACCACGUGGGUGGCCGUGGAGCUGAACCAGUGCUACACGGUCGACAAUGAGGUUGGGAUAGAAGUCCACCUCCCCAACAACUACGUCAAGCUGCGAGCCGGUCGCGACAACACCAUGCACGUGGACAGAAUUAAAGGUCAGGUAUUCAAGGAGAUAGUCACGUGGGAGGUGAACUCCCAGAUCGAGGUCAGCCCGGGAUGGAAGGCCAAAGCGGAGCUCUUGGCGCAAGAGGACUGCCACAGGAUCGAUUUCGAGGUCAGGACGAGCCUGUCGGUGAAGAAGGACAAGCUGCCGGUGACCUUCAAGCGGAAAGCAGACGACUCCGUGGCCUACGUGGUCGAGGUGGACGACUUCUGCGACGCGUUCCGAUCGGCGGACGAUGGCGGCCAGCUGGCGGAGACGGAGAUGGACGUGGUGCAGGUUCUCAUGGAGACGACGAUCGACGAGCAGGGCAACGAGAACAGCUUCACCACCAUCCAGCUGAUCACCCGCGGCGUCUGCACCAGCGUCGCCUGGUCCGACCAGAAGGUGGACAUCAAAACAUCGCCCCUAAAAUCCAGCGAGAUCGUCAUGGGGAGAGAUGUGUUUCUCGAUCAAAACGGACUGCCAAGCCAUGCCUAGUCUUAAUGAGUGAGAGAAAACUUUCAUCUGACGUGGGUCAUCAUUGUAGUCAAAGUCUUGUUGAGUACGGUAAGGAAAACCUGCUCUGACAUCGGUCUUCCUUGUAGUCAAAGUUACAUUGUCUCGAAAUACGUUUUUGAUUGCUUGACAUGCUAAACUGUCUGGGCACGUUUGUAUGAAAGACCCUCUGUUGGAUUAAUGUUCAAAUGGGUAAACUGGUGGUUGUCAAGCUGCAAUGCUGUAAGAGAACUAACAGAUGAGACAAUGCAAGUUAUUUAUUCAUGACAUUACUGGAUGUAUUAAGGAGGCUGUGGUUAUCUGGCUAUCAUUACGUUGUUCUGUACCUAGCCACUCCGCUGAACCAGUAUAAUUAUUUUAAUAGCGCACCUUCAAGUUGAGUCAUCUUUUUACGAUGGGCAGCAUUAUUGUAAUGUUUUUACUCUCGUUAUCCACUUAUUUUGAACAAUUGUUUGUUACUCAAUUAUUACUUUCUGUUAAUGGUUAUCUGUGGCACACAGGCACAUAUGCAUAUAAAGACAGACAGACCGGCAGGCGAAUAGACAAUAUGCAUACAUGUAUACAGAGUUUUACACAAAGACAUACGAAUCACGAUGAUAACCACAACUAUCAAGGGGAGCUGCAUGGCCACACGAUUUGUUAAAAAUCUGCUUCCAUUUAUUUAUUCUUUAUUUUAUUUUAUUUUUUUCUACGUCAGUUAUAAUAUUAAACCAUUUCUGUUUCUU